UGAAUAGUUGAUAUUAUUUAUCGUUGGUGAUAUUGUGACCAAUUAGUGUAAUUUGUGCAUUAUAAUUAAGACAAUGCCAAUCUGCAAAGAGUACCCUCUUCUGGCUUUCUACAUUUUGUCCAUAUCUAUGUUAGUGAAUGCGAUUGCUCAGUUAUAUACGACGGAAACAGAGUUCGAUGACCUGAAAUCAGAAACAAAAUUGAUAUCCGAAGAUGACAGUGAAUCUCUCUCGGACUGUGCUUUUCAGUGUAAACACCGCUGUCAUUGUUUCGGGUUUAACUCGUUUGUUAGAAAAUGCCGUCUGCACAAAUACUGCCUAAUGGACGAAAUGGGCUCAACAGAACCCGGAUGGAAGUACUACUGCGCAGGUUAUACUCUACCAAAGGAUUGUCAGGAGAAUUAUAACAAUGGCCAUACUCAGUCUGGGAUAUACGGCAUAUCGCCGUACAGAAAACGAUGCCACGUGGUCUAUGUAUUUUGUGAUAUGGUGACGAAUGGCGGAGGGUGGACGGCAAUUCAAAGACGGAGCAGCGGAUCUAUAACCUUUGACAGGACAUGGGUGGAUUAUAAGAGAGGUUUUGGGGAGGCAGAAACAGCAUAUUGGAUCGGAAAUGACAUCAUACACCUUUUUACGAAGAAUAUUAACCCUUACCUGUAUGUUUCGAUCACACUUAACAAUGGUACGACUUAUUAUCAGAUGUAUGAUCAGUUCUCUGUAUCAGAUGAGGCAGACAAGUACAGACUUACACUGGCAGGUCCUUCCCAGGGAACGUUAGGUGACAGAAUGCUAUCUGAAAUACCGGAUGCUAAUUUAUACCGGAUGUCCUUCAGUACCCCGGACCAGGAUAACGACGGGACAACUGCGUACGACUGUGCCGGUACCUACCAAACAGGGUGGUGGUUUAAUUAUUGUCACCACGCCUUGCUCAAUGGACGGUGGUACCCUCAAUACUGGUAUCAACCAUGGUAUCCCGUCAUUCCUGAUGGAACGGAAGUGAAGGAGACACUAAUGAUGAUAAAACCGCACUAACAUUUUAUUUGAAUCUUCAUAUUGAAACAUGUACUGGUAUCUAUUCCUGAAUGAAGUACUUUCUGAAGGAGCUAACAUGACAGCAACAAUUAAAACAUGUUUUUCAAUCUUAACUUAUAAGAAUCUCCAAACAGGCUGAAUCAUGUUGUCAAUUUGUUGUAUGCUGUACACAGAUUUGUAUUGUAUUUUUGUGCAUUUGUUUUUAUGAUAUUUAAAGUCCCUCUCGAGAAUUUUCAACUGAUAUGGAGACGCCAAGAUUGCCGGAGGAGAGCUGAAAUUUUGUGAAAUGUUGUUCUAUGCUCGGCACUCAGGGCCAUCGAGCAGGGAUCUUUUUCGUGCCAGAAUCUUCUGCGACACGGGAUCUCGGAUUUUACGGUCUUAUCUGAAGGACCAGUCUCCACAUCCUACAGUAGGAUUCAAACCCGCAUCGUAAGGUGGUUUUCGAUAAUCGAUCAAUACUCAUUAUUUUACCAUUCCAUUUGAAUACAAAAACAGGUCUACUGACAACUGUUGGCAAUAAGUCUCCAUGGAGGACCUUGUCUCCGAAAACUGAAUGGAUAUUAUCAAUGAGAAACUAAAGCAUCCUUUCUACAUCCCCGCAUAGCGCAGUUGUCGCUAAGUAAGAAGUAGAUCAUUCCGUCGCCGUUUCGAAUCCCAAGACCGGUCCUUUGGAUGAGACCCUAUAUACCGAGGUCCCAUGUCGCAGUAGGUGCUGGCACGAAAAAAGAUCCAUCACUGCUCAAUAGUCCUAAUUGCCGAGUAUAAGACAAAAUUUGUAGCUUUCGAAUGCAAAUGGAGGCAUCUCCAUAUGAGUGAAAAAUUCUCUAGAAGGACGUCUAACAAUAUACAAUUGAUUAAUCUACAUCAGCCUCAGAGUAAGUUCUUACCACUGAUAUUUUGGAGGUGUGUGAUUGCUCUGCUCCAAUUUUGUAUUGUUCCAUGGACUUUUGAUCAUGAAUACUGUUUGUUAUUUCCAUAUGUUUCAUUAAAAUGUUUGUAACAUAAAAAAAUUGCAGGUGACUGAUGUCAAGGUUUACAAUUAAAUCUUAAGACGCGCUUCAUUUCAUAUAUAAAAGUUUGUAUAGAGACAUACCUUAAUUUAGGGUAGGAAAUGUUUGUAAUUGUUUUAAAAUCGUACAAUGAUGGAAUUGAUUUUGAUACAAUUAUUUCACAUUUUGAAGUUUCUAAAAGUUCCUUGGAGUUUUCAAGUAACACUUUUUGAUAAACACCAUACUUUUCAUAUGUCGUUGCACAUUACUCCGGUACGUUGUUGUUGAUAUUUUCGUA